CGGCAGUCCUGUUUGUUCGGCAUAAGGAAGAGGACAGGAGAAGAUGGAAAGACCAUAGCUUUCAUCUACCUCUUACAUGAUGCAGGACAGGACAGACGGGGGAUGAACAUAAAUACCUUACAUCAAGGUGCCUAUGCAGUACAAGGACCACUAACGGGAAUUAUUUCGCCGACCUACGCCUUGGAGUAGCAUACCUUUGUUUUGCCGUGGGACUAUUGCGUUGGUUUGGAUUACUAUUUUGGUGGACACAGAAUUCGCAAACGAGCCUUAAAACGAGAUAUCGUAUGGAACCACCUUAUCCACCGACAGCGCUUUUGUGUUGUCAGGCGAUCCAAAAGGGUAGUCGACCGAAUCAUAAUAGGAAGUAAACAGGAAAAGGUUAUUGCGGAAUUUUGGAAUACACGAUGCCACCCGUGUCAUGUCACGGGACUGAACCAUUCUGAGGCACUGGAUUGCAUCCUGUGUGGAUUUUCUUGCCCGGACCCAGUUAAUGAGAGGCACCCAGCGGUGGAAGCGGAGACCUCAACAUGUUGGCGUGUUUACAGAGGAGCCAGACCCACGCGCCCCAGCAUCUGAUGGGGGGUGGCAAGAUCCCAGAGCUGCAGCUGCCCGUCCCUCGAAAGAGUGAGAUGAGUUCUGUCCACUCUCCCCGAUACCCGACCCCAGCCGAGCUGGACGCCUUUGCCCGCAAGGCGGCCGAAAACCCCUUGUCCAUCAAGAUUUUCCCCACCAACAUCAGGGUCCCGCAGCACAAGCAGAUCAGCCGGACGGUCAACGGCCUGGACACCACCGGCACGCGGUACAGCCCAUACGCCCAGCCGUACUCCGGGGGCUACCAGGGCCUGCUGGCCGUGGUCAGGACUCCCACGGUGAGCGGCGGCGGUGGCGGCGGCGGCGGCAGCAAAGGUGUGCUGAAGACCGCCGAGGGCAAACGGGCGAAGCUGUCCCCCGCCCACAUCGCCGUGGCUCCGUACGCGCCGCCGGCCAACAGCGCGGUGGCCAGCAGGCUCCGGCAGAAGGCCUACGGCGUGGGCCACUGCAAGCCCCUGGAGGUGUCCAACAUCCCAGGGCCGCCCAACGUCAUCAUGGCCGCCUCGGUGGUCCCCGUGUCGGGGGGACAGAGCAUGCCCCUGGCGCCCCAGUCGGAGAUCCCCGUGCAAAGCCUGCUGCGACACAUGGGGAGGCCACCCCACGCAGCCCACGCCCAGGGACUACAGCAGCUGGGCGAGGCCCAGACGUCCAGCCCUGCUUUCCAGGCGGCGACCGCCGCCGCCGGUGGAGGUAGCGGUGUUGUCGGAGGCACCGCCGUGACCUGCUCGGACUCGGGUUUCGCCCUGGCCGCUCCCCCGCACAGCGGCCUGGCCUACUCAGGAGCCGUGCUGCCCAUGCAGAGUGCGGACACGGCCACCGGGGGGCAGUAUAUGGACAGUGUGGAUUACGCGCUAUGGCACCACAAACAGCAUAAACAGCAGCAGCAGCAGCAGCAACAGCAACAGCAGCAGCAGCAUCAUCAGCAUUACCACCAGGGGGCGCUACGGAUGUACGGGGCGAACAGCGGAGGCGGCGCGGUGGUCAGCCGCUCCCCCGAAACCUGCGUCCCCCAGAUGGCCUUCCGCGGCGGGGGCGGGGGCGGGAUGGUCGGGGGCGGCUCGCUGGAGCGCGUGGGCUCCUCGCCGCUGCACUGCCCGGCCAUGCACGGCGAGUUCUCCGUGGGCCAGUUCUUCGCGCCGCCCUGGAACAGCGUGCUGGCCACCCCGGACAGCGACUGUUACAACUCCCUGGAGCUGCCCCUCGGCUCGGCCAUGGGGCUCCCGCACCCCCACCCCCACUCCCACUCCCACUCCCACUCCCACCCCCACCACCACCACCUCCACCACCAGCCCCACAUGCUCCCCCAGCACUACCCCUCCGACCGGGGGAGCCUCGGCCUCUGCUGCGGCGGCGGCGGCGGUCCUGUCGGGCCCCCCAGCCGGACCCUGUGCCACGCCUCGGUGCUCAGCAGCAGCCUGCAGUCUCUGGAGUGCCUGAUCAGCGACAUCCACCCCCCUUGUAUCAAGGAGCGCAUGCUGGGCCGGGGCUACGAGGCGGUGGGCGGGGCGGUGGGCAUGAUGGGAACGCGGCUCCUCGACCCUCAGGCCGCGCACAUCCAGCUCCCCGUCUUCAGAUAAGUUCACAUGUCCGGAGAGAGAGAGAGAGAGAAUCAUCGGGAGAGCGGUGGCGGACGAGAACGGAGAGGCUGGACGUGAUGGCGUGUCGAUGCAAGCUAGCUGAAGGAGACGUUCGAGAGAGCUAGGAGAGACUUGCUGCUGUAGGACGGCCGGCGUCUUCUUCGGUACAAGGCUCGCCUUAUCGGUAGAGCUCAUCGCUAGCCACGACUGGAACUGACACUGAAAUCGAUCCUGUGGCGAUGUUUGCAUUGUACUUGUCCUUUAUAGAACUGGAUUGAGCAAACUGAGAGUUUGCUACCAUUUGCCUGAUUUUUGUUUUUUUGUCAGUCAGACUCGAGGACCAACAGGGAUUGUUUUUUCGUCACUGUACUCCAUUUGACUGUUUUUGCAUUUGAGAUGACACAGUAGUUGCCAGAAAGUGCACCCCUGUCAACGGCUGCCAAAAAUGACUCACGGGAGCCCUAUUUUGAGGGCGGUAACGUAACGUUGACUGGCCGAUGACACCCAGCGGAUCUCAAUAUAUCCAUACGGUUAAAAUGGACCGCUAGCUAGCUUGCGCGUUCUCAUUCGCUUACAUUCAUUUACGGGUUUUCAGAAAUGCGAUUGAAUGAGAGUGUGCUAGCUCGCUAGGGGGUCACUUUAGGACAUCAUCAAUUCCGUUGUUUCAACCACGGUGCUCCCCUCAAAUUAGGGCUCGAUACAUUUUUUCGUACUGCCCCAAUUUAGGUAUAUAUGUCAUUGUCAGGUCAAUGUGGUUUAACUUAAAAAAAAUAAAUCUGUAUGUCCGUAGUGACAGAUUUGUUAUUGAAAUGGUACUAUAAUCAUAAUAAUUAUGAUGAACAAUUGCACUGCUAUGAGCAUAGCAACUGAUGAAGAGGAUCUGAGGAGGUGGGAAGGGGUCAGAAAAAAAAAGAUUUAUUUAAAACUUUAAAACUUGAAUUUUAUCCCCCUCAAUAAGCUGUUUUGUGUGUGUUAUGUUGGAAUCAUUUGAGGCUGCUAAUGAGCAAAAGUAUUUAAGAAAUUAUUUUACUUUUUUUUUGGUUGUGGAGGGGUGUCAAGGUGGUUUUAUUUUAUGCCCCAGAUGUAGUUUAAGAAUGUUGUCCACGUAUGAUGCAGAUACUCCUGAAAACAAAUUGCUGUUUUUGAAUGUGCGUGUGUGUGUGCGUGUGCGUGCGUGUGUGUGUGUGUGUGUGUGUGUGUUGUCAUCCAUGCUGUCAAUGUAUGAUGCAGAUACACCUGGUAAACACACUGCUGUAUUUGAAUGUGUUUGAGUGUGUGUGUGGGUGGGUGUGUGAAACAGCUAAACUGGUAAAACCCCAUGCAUCUCUAUGUGCAUCCAUACGAAAAAUCAUCUGGAACCAGAUUGCAUAGCUUGAGACAGAAGAGGGAGAAAGUUCUUUUCCAGUGUCAUUUUACAUUUUAAGAUAUUUAUUGAAGUAACAAAAUGAGUCACUGUUUCUGUUUUAUUACUGUAUGCCUGGGAGACACCUGUGGUUAAUGCAUUCCCUCAUUUUUAUUUUUACUUCUAUUUCGUGUGAGUUUGCUGAUGUAUUUUCAGUUUGUAUUGAGCAAUGGUAUGUUUUGAAAGACAUGGUACACAAUGGGCUAGAUUUUAUGAAGUGCAAUUAUACUGUCAACAAAUGGGCCCUCUCUCCACCUGCUGUUGAAACAAUUCUAUUUACAUUCUAUUUACAAUGUAUGACUCCUUCCCAAGCAUACUUCCUUAUCAUAAUUAAGAUUGUCAAAUAAAUCUAAUUUAGGGAUGUUUUUC